UUUGCUGGCACGGACAUGCCAUCGCGCAUUAUUCACUCCUAUCACCAUGUGGCCGUUGGCUUUGCAGCCAAAUUGUCAGCUGAGGAGGUAAAAGCAAUGAAAAAGAAAGAUGGUUUUGUGUCCGCGAGGGUUGAGAAGAUUUUGGCUUUGCAUACAACGCACACUCCAAACUUUUUGGGGUUGUACCAAAAUUAUGGGUUUUGGCAAGAAUCAAAUUACGGUGAAGGGAUGAUCAUUGGAGUUCUAGACACUGGGAUUACUCCGGGCCAUCCUUCUUUUUCUGAUGAUAACAUGCCACCUCCACCGGCAAAAUGGAAAGGGAAAUGCGAGUUCACAGGAAAUGUGACGUGUAACAAGAAGCUCAUUGGUGCGAGGAAUUUUGUGGGAGGCUCAAGUGAUCCACCUAUUGAUCUGGAUGGCCAUGGCACACAUACUUCAAGUACGGCAGCUGGUAACUUUGUCGAUGAUGCAAAUGUGUUUGGAAAUGCCAAUGGAACAGCAGCCGGUAUGGCGCCACUUGCUCACAUUGCCAUGUACAAGGUGUGUACAGAAGGUUGUUCAGAUGUUGAUAUAUUGGCUGGACUGGAUGCUGCAAUAGACGAUGGUGUUGAUGUGCUAUCUCUCUCCAUUGGUGGAUAUUCCGCUCCUUUUUAUGAAGAUAAUAUUGCCACUGGGGCAUUUGCUGCAAUGCAAAAGGGUAUCUUCGUGAGCGCUUCUGCUGGUAAUGACGGUCCACUAAAUUCUACAUUAUCUAAUGAGGCUCCUUGGAUUCUCACUGUUGGCGCUAGCACCCAUGAUAGGAAGAUAAUAGCAACAGCUGUGUUAGGAAACGGACAAGAAUACGAUGGUGAAUCGGCUUUUCAGCCUGCAGAUUUUCCUCAUACUUUAUUGCCCUUGGUAUACCCUGGCUUGUCCGAUCAAGAGGCUGCACUUUGUUCAUCAGGAUCACUAAAUAACACCAAUGUCAAAGGCAAGGUUGUCGUGUGUGACAGAGGUGGCGGUGUAGCAAGACUUGAAAAAAGCCAAACAGUAAAGGAUGCGGGUGGUGCUGCCAUGAUUCUUGUCAAUCUAGAAAUUGACGGAGAUGGCACAUUCGCCGAUCCUCACGUUAUUCCCGCGACACAUGUGAGUUAUACUGACGGAAAAAAGAUUAAAGUGUACAUAAAUUCAACCUCGACACCCUCGGCAGGAAUCCUUUUCAAAGGCACUAGAAUAGGCUUUAAGAUUUCACCAUCUGUAUCAUCUUUUUCCUCCAGGGGACCUAACUUGGCAAGUCCAGGCAUAGUCAAACCGGACAUUGUGGGUCCCGGAGUGAACAUACUUGCUGCAUGGCCCGUCUCGGUGGAGAACAAAACCAGCACUGAUUUGACAUUUAAUAUCAUCUCAGGAACCUCAAUGUCUUGUCCUCACCUUAGUGGCAUUGCAGCUUUGCUUAAAAGUGCUCACCGUGAUUGGUCGCCAGCUGCUAUUAAAUCCGCGAUAAUGACCACAGCUGAUCAAUUCAACGGUCAGGGUAAACCCAUCCUUGAUCAGAGGGAUCUACCUGCUGAUGUUUUUGCCAUUGGUGCCGGCCAUGUUAAUCCAUCAAAAGCAAGUGAUCCAGGACUUAUUUAUGACAUCAAAGUUGAGAACUACAUCCAAUAUCUAUGCGGUCUAGGCUACAAAGAAAAAGAUAUUGGGCUACUUGUGCAACACACUGUCAAGUGUUCGCUACAAUCAAGUAUAUCUGAGGCAGAACUGAACUAUCCUUCUUUCUCCAUUAUACUUGGACCCGAGACUCAAAAUUAUACAAGAACAGUUACAAACGUUGGUGAUGCAAGCUCAACUUACGCAGCUUACAUCACUCAAAUUCAAGGAGUUGAUAUAGUUGUCGAGCCCGCCACACUUGUCUUCACUCAGGUGAACCAACAGGUGACAUAUUCAGUAUCAUUUACCCAAACGGAUGAAAUCACCGACCGUUUUGUUCAAGGAGCUAUAUCAUGGAUCUCUAACAAGUAUGUUGUUAGAAGUCCAAUAUCUGUUAAAUUGGAAUAAGGGGCUACAAGGGAUAUAACAUGUUUCGGAAGUGGACUUGUGAUUGCCAUUUCCCAUGCACACUAGCAAUCUUUAUGUUUGUUUCUGUAAUAAUAGUAGGUUGCAGCUAUUCUGGAUAGCUGAAAACUACAAAAAUGUUGUAUUUAGUGAGACUUUAGAGAUUUUACUCUUUCCUAAUCAUCCUAAAAUAAUAAA